CUGGAAUGUGGAUGAGCACGCGUCAGUAAGGCUAGGAAGGGGCGCGGGCGCAGCUCCGUGGCGAGCCGCGCCGGCGCAGGGCGGGCGCCCGGCGCGGAGUUCACGUCAGUUCGCGACGGACAGCGCGCGCGGACACACUGUCUCUGUGUCGUCCUGUACCGCAGCCAACACGAGACCGAUACAAAAACGAACAAAAGGUGCUUCCUAGUUUAAUUUAGAAUUAAAAGGGCGACAUGGCGAUACACAGAUUGAGUGUGUCGUGGGUCGGCGUGGCGUUACUACUAUGCUCCCCACAAGCAUGCAGUGCACGAACUCCAGAAGAAGAAACUCGCGAUGCGAUGAUAUCGCUAGUGCACAAGAUGAGGUCGACAGAGAGCAAGCUCGAGAGGCACGAGUUCAGGGAAAAGGCACUCGGAGAUCUCCUCAAGGCGAAAUUGUCGGCCAUAGAUAAGCAACACAAAGCCUUCGAACCUAUGGUUGGAUUAAUACAAAGGCUAGAUGACAGACUCUCCAAUGUCGAAACUGUGCUUUUACGAGUAAGUUUACGAGACAAAGAUCACGAUGUGAGUGCCCAGAAAAAAACAAAUGAAGCAUUAGAUCGUAUCCAAAAGACACUAGAUUCGCUCAGCACGACCAUAGCAGAAAAUACGAAACAAACCAAGAAGGCGAUGGAAAUAGAUAACAAUUUAACUCUUAACGAAGAUUCUCCUUUGGAUAGGAGGCUGGAUAUUACAGAUUCCAAAAUAGAUGCACUCAAGCUUGAAAUAGCAAAUCUAAAAUAUAUGCUGCAUAAGGAGAAUUUACCUGCAGUAUGUAGGGAUAUGUCUUAUGACGUAAACCCACUCCAGAAACACAUCACCCAAGCGGAGAUAUUGCUCAGUAAAUUCGAUUCAAAAUUGAACAAAUACAAUGAAUCAGCUUUUACAAGUGUGAUACCUUUGAGCAAGGCGUCGCCCGCUGACGAGGCUUGGCAAAACAAAAUCAGUGAAGUUAUGGAACGUCAAGAAGUGGGUAUAAAGAAGAUCCACAAACAAUUGAAUGAUGCCGAGAGCAUCUGGAAGGAGCUCCCAAAAAGGAUAGAACUGCAAACCGCCACCAACGAGACGCUGAGAGCAAUCGCCAACGUUACUGAGAAUAUUAAAGAUAACGCCGAGAACUCUGUGACUAAAAUAGGAACUAAACUGCACGAGAUGAAUGAGCGCUUCGCGGCAACCAACAAGGACAUUCAGCAGAGUCUCACAAUCAGCAACACACUCACCGAGAAAGCUUUCGAUACGACAAUACAAUUCGCAGCAUUACGUACUGACAUUGAAGCUUUAAAAAACAGUGAAAAAGUCUUAGUAAAGGCAGCAGAUGAUGUCAUCGCAAUGAAAAAACAUUUACAGUACGUAGUGCAAGAAAUAUUGAAUGGUGUGACUGCGAUCAACGCAGCGCAGGCCAGAGUUAUGAACAAAACUGUUCAUGAAAGGUUUGAUAGCAUCGAGAAAACUCUGACAACCAGUCAAAAGAAUGCCCUUGGCGAUCUAAGCACGAAGGUAGAGUUAAAGAUGUCCCAAGUGUGGGCGCAGAUCGGUAUGAUGCAUCAACAACUGUUACUUACCAAGGAAUCACUGUACAAUCUUACUGACGAAACACAACACUACGCUAAUAGCAGCACCAAAAAAAUAAACAAAGUGAAAGAAGAGGUGGACGACAUCAAAAAAAGCGUAGAUGCGCUAGGAUCGAACAUGAACUAUGCGUUAGGGAAACUGGCCCUAUCCACGCAGGAGUUCGAUCGUAUCACUUCAGGCGUCGCCGACGCGUUGGCGAGCUUGAAAGAAGACAUUAAUAGAAAACCUAAAGUUACAGUUACAACUGAAGACCCCGGCCCCGGACCUCACAACGCCACUUUAGCAGUAGAAGAAACGAAACCGUAAACUAAUACCAAAUGAUGUAGCUGUAUAAUUAGAAUUAAGUUCUUAUAGAUGUAAGUCGACUGAAACUUAGAUCGCUGUGUAAGUAAAAUGAAACGCAAUAUUAACUUUUGCAAAUAUUUAAUCUCUGUCAUAAUUGUGGAUCUAUAUAUUUAUAUUGUACAAGUUAUAUGAUACAAUCAAAAUGUUUACCGCGACAGAAGUGGCCCCGCCCGACGGAGCGAGGGCUCAAUGUACAACUGUCGUACUACUAAGAAAAUCGUGAAUCAACCGACUGUACACACAAUAUAUUGAUAUAAUAAUUAUUGACCUUAAAUAAUAUACACACAAAUUAUUUGUCUCCCAUGUUUUUGUUACAUUUAAACCGAUUACAACCUCAUUUUUACUAUGUGCAAUACAUUAUAUAUAAUAACAAAUGAAUGAUUACUGACCUGCUUAAUAAGUAAACAAUUAUGUAAAACUGUGCCCUUACAAUGAAAUUGUUACGUUUAUCAUAUUUAGUGAAAUACUUGGAACCAUAUAUAACAAAUGAUUAAAAAAGAGUUAUACAAUAAUUUA